UGAUAUCUUCAAGUUGUAAUUACCAUCAAAAAAUAAGCAUAGCGUUUUUGUUUGUUUCUUUGUUAGUUUUUUGUUGUUUAGUUUAGUUUUGUUUAACAAUUUGGGAUCCAGUGUGAUUUAAUUUACCUGGUUUUGGUUUUCUGGAAUCAAGAAAGGCAAGCUCUGUUUUGUUCUAGCUUUGUAUUCAGUACUGAGAACAACUUGACAGUAACUGACCGAAACUCAGGAAUUUCAGUAUUUAACUUAAAUAGUUUUACUGCUUUAGAAACAAGUGGAUUUAUCUUAGUCCAUGGACAAACCUACCUUUUUGGUCUAUGAACAAGUUUGCUUUAAACUGCUUUGUACGUUGUGGUUUUACUUUUAUCUCCAUCAUUUCAUUUCAGUUGUCUUUUUUUAAACAUGCGUCUACAGUAUGUGAUCUGUAUGUACAGUAUUCUGUGAAUUAUUUGACUCCUACUCUUUUUUCAUUGCUGCCUAUUUUCCCCAUAUUUUUACGAUUAAAUUUCUCUGCUUAAUAAAAGUUCCAAUGUAACUUGUUUUUAUGUAUAUAAUUAAGCAAAUGCACACCGUGUUAUCAUUUUGUAUUUUUUGCUUAUUCCAAGCAAUAUACAUGACAAUCACAUGACAUUUAGAUCACAAACAAGCUGUGAAAUGUAUAUCAUGGGACCGCUGUUUGUUUUUCUCCCACCCAUCCACAAAAACAUGUUCUGGUUAUAUAGUCGAAAAACAGAAGAAAAUACGGACAAGGACUUUAAGUGAUGCUCCACCCAAACAGAUCUACAGACAUUCACCCUCUGUAGACUUGAGUUGGGUUGUCAGGCUUCAGAAAUGCAGAAAAUAUUGCCCUCUGCUGCUUUGUUGUUGACAGUUCUUUUGUGAGUCUGUGAAUCCGUGAAUACUGAAUUGCUUCAGUGCUCCUUUAACAUUUGAACCAUUAGAUAUACCAGAUUUUUAAUUAUGUUUUACCAGGACUUUUCUAGAAGCUGUACUAAGCAUUAAUAGGAAAAAGAACCACAGAUAGGUAUUUUACUUUUAUUUUUUCUUUAUUUGAACUGUUUUCUAGCUGUACGUUUCCAUGCAAAACUUAGAUGUUAAUUUCACAUAUAUUUUAGGUUUGAGGAAAGAUGCCUGGAUUGAGCCGUUUCCUCCUGAGCUUCUGUAUUCUAGGAUACAUUUUCUGCAGUUCCAGGGCUUGGCACGUAAAAAUACCAAGCAACAUUAAGGGAUUGUUGGGUUCCUGCCUGGUCAUUCCUUGCAAAUUUGACUACUAUCAGUAUCCACCUCGCAGACCAGAUCGUGUGGUGUGGUACCAGUAUGCCAAACAUACAUAUCCUUUGGUCUAUGAUGACUGGCACCCAAAAUACGUCAUUGAUGAAUUUAAAGGAAAAACAAAAAUCUUCUCUGCAUCUGGGAAGACAUGCAGUCUACAGAUCUACCCAGUGACUUGGGCACACCACAGACAGAAGAUUUACCCCUGGGUAGAUCCAGAGAAUGUUGGCAAAUCCACCUACCGAUUCUUUGAUACAACUGUAACAAUUGAAGUUACAAACACUGCAGAGAAGCCAACUAUUAUGAUCACUGGAGACAAGAAGGUUGGACAGUCUGUACUAGUGGAAUGCACUGUUUACCACACCUGUCCCACUUAUCCACCCACGCUGACAUUCGGUCUCCAAGUGCAAAGCCAUGGUGUAACCCAUCGCCCCAUGUCUGAUGGCACAUACAAAACUACCUUGAGGGCCACAUUGCCCAUAAUGAAAGAACACCAACCUGUGACGUGUUCCGUCCGACAUCGUAGUGGUCAAACUGCAAGUACCACUGAAAUCUUAAAUGCGGAAUGUUCCUAUUCACCCUUGACUAUCAGCCCUACAUCAGAUGAAUUUCUUGAGGGACACUCAAGCAAAGUAACCUGCAUUGCCUCAUACACGUGCCCUAUACAUCAUCCAACCCUCAAAUGGAACUAUGAGAGCAUGCCAGCAUCCACUGAUACCAGCAGAGCAGCUGCUCAGUGGACGACUGUCUCCACCCUGAAUUUCACUGCAUCAGCUAAGGACCAUGGAAAGACACUGACAUGCUCUGGUACAUUCAGUGGGGGACAGACGCAGGAAGUGAGCAUCACUCUACGAGUAAAAAGAACAGUGAUGUACCAGGUGGGAAGUUCUCUUCCAAUAGCCAUUCCUGUCUCACUUGUCCUGAUUGUAAUCAUCUUAGCUGCAGUGCUCAUCUAUAAGAAAAGGAAGACCACUGACAACUCGGUGAAACCACCACCUCGGCCGGAGAAAAGGAGAUCACUCUGGGAUAGAUUAUCCAGGAGAAUCCCUGAAGUCAGAGAGAGACCUCCAAGACCAGAAAAAUGCAGAUCCAUUUGGAGCCGAUUGUCCAGUAGAACAGAGGAUGGACGUAUUGGGUGGCAGAAUGAGAGGAAACCCAGGAAGUCAUUCUGGGACAGAUUUUCAAGAAACCAAAACAACACUGUGGACUUCAGUGUUGGCUAUUUAAACAAUGCCACCACUGUUCACUAUGAGGCUCAUACCUCCAAGCAACGCUUACCAUCCCCAAAAGAUAACCGUAGAACUCCUCACCCUGCCAGGACACAGGGCACUACUGCACCGGUGAGUGGUAAUAUCCACAUCAUAGAAAUGAAAAGCUGCAGCCACAGGUGAUGUUGUUCCUGUGCCAGUGUGUAUGUCUAUGAAGAGGCUCAGUCAGUCAUGUCAUGUGAGUGAAGGACUGUUCUUCCAUAGACUCUGACUAGCAUACCAAGGCUGCUAAAAGGAAUUCAUUAUGCAUGGCUUACACUAUUUAUGACCUGUUACCUGAAAUGAUGACUUGACAAACAUUGAUGGAAUACUGAUUGGGCCUACGGACACAGGCCCAGGGGCCCAAUAGGUCAGGGGGCCCCUAGACCAGAGAACUGUGAUGUGAGUGUUAACCUUUACAUUGGACAGCCAAUUGAAUUUCUACAAUGUGACUACAAAAUCCACAAAAUGAGA